UAUCCCAGAACCCUCUGUUCACCAUGUAAAAGCACAAAGCACGAUGGGUGAUUUCGACAAAUCACGUCUUGGAUCAAGGUGAACGUGACGCACGUUUUCCAAGAUGGCGGACGAAGUCGAAAAAUCUUUGGCUUUCCACGAAAUGGGCUUGGACGACCGUCUGUUGAAGGCCAUAGCUAGCCAAGGAUGGCGUCAUCCAACACUCAUUCAGGAACGAGCCAUUCCCCUGGCACUGGAGGGUAAAGACCUGUUAGCGAGGGCGCGCACCGGAUCAGGGAAAACUGCAGCCUUUGUUAUACCCAUCAUUCAACGCAUUCUGGAUGGCAAACAGGCAGCCAAAGAACAAGCAGUGAAGGCUCUUGUGCUGACACCAUCCAAGGAACUGUGCAGUCAGGCUUACAAGAACGCUGUGGCUCUGAGCAGCUGUUGUUCCCGGGAGGUGAGAUGUCUGGAUGUCUCUGGAACUACUGACAUCACCUCACAAAGACCGAUGUUGAUGGAGAAGCCUGAUAUUGUGAUCGGGACCCCCAGCAGAGUUUUGGCACACAUCCAGGGCGGUAACCUGGAGCUACAACACUCGUUAGAGAUGCUCGUCAUUGAUGAGGCUGAUUUAGUCUUCUCAUUCGGAUACGAGAAAGACAUCAAAACACUACUUGGACACUUACCCAAGAUCUAUCAGGCAUUUCUCAUGUCUGCAACCCUGAGUGAGGAUGUCCAAGCCCUGAAGAAGCUGAUCCUCCACAACCCGGUCACCCUGAAACUGGAGGAGUCUCAGCUGCCCGAGUCAGACAGACUGACACAGUAUCACAUCACGUGUGAGGAGGGUGACAAGUUUCUCAUCAUCUACACCCUCCUCAAGCUCCGACUGGUCAGGGGCAAGACCAUACUGUUUGUCAACUCUAUUGACAGGUGUUACAGGUUGAAGUUGUUUCUAGAACAGUUUUCAGUCCCAGCAUGUGUGUUGAACUCGGAACUCCCAGUGUCCUCCAGAUGUCACAUAGUGAACCAGUUUAACCAGGGCCUGUACAACCUGGUCAUAGCCACAGACGAGAGUGCACUGGAUGCAGAGGAUGCCGGUGGCAAGGAGAAGACAGGGAAAGCCAAGAAGAAGGCCAAGAGAUUCAAGAAGAAGAAAGACAAGGAGUAUGGAGUUUCUCGUGGCAUCGACUUCCAGUUUGUGUCCAACGUCAUCAACUUUGACUUCCCAACACAGGUGGACUCCUACAUCCACAGGGUGGGCAGGACAGCUCGAGGUGACAGCCAGGGGACAGCGCUGUCCCUGAUCUCAGCACAGGAGCUGCCCCUGCUGCAGCAGGCUGAGACUGCGCUGUCCGGGGACACAGACGAUCCUGUCAUCAAACCAUACAGGUUUAAAAUGGAGGAGAUUGAGGGCUUCAGAUAUAGGGCAAAGGAUGCUCUGCGUUCAGUCACCAAGACGAAUGUGCGGGAGGCCAGACUAAAAGAGAUCAGAUCAGAAAUCUUGAACUCUGAAAAGCUGAAGUCGUACUUUGAAGACAACCCAAGGGAUCUCCAAGUCUUGAGACAUGACAAGGCUCUGGCAGCGUCUAAAGUCAAACCCCACAUGAAGAAUGUCCCCGAAUAUUUAAUGCCUCCCAGUAUGAAGUCCAACAGUAGUGUGAUCACCAAGAGACCUCAACAGUUCCAGGGAGGGCGCAGGGAGCAGAAAAGACACAAGAAGAGAAAAGAAGAUCCACUAAGAAGCUUUAAAUACAAACAAGAAGAGAGUUAAUCUUAUUCAGCUGUGUUAUCUUGUACAUUGUAAGAUAGACAGUAAUUUGUAGUUAUGGGUAGAAGAAGAUGCGGAUCACAUUUAUGCAAAGUAUGGCCCGAGAAUGUGCAUACACACAAACUAAGUCCUGUUUCAGUCCACUAUCUAGUUGAGGUGGUAAUCACUCAUGAUCAUGGUAAUGAUGAUAAAAUCUGGCACUUUAUUGGGAAGGUUUUUUUCUUCCACCCAAAUACACCAGAGUGUGUAACUUAUGGCUUGGCUGUUUAUGGGUGCCUCACACUGUAUGUAACUAUUUGCAAUGAUUUAAUAAUGGUCAUAGGAAGAAAAUGAAGUAACAGUGGUUACAACUUCAGCUAAAGUCACUGACAUCAGACAUUAAUAGAAACACUGGUGAACAUGAACAUACAUUGCAAAACCAUGUGAACAUAAAACCACAGCAAAAAUGUCAGGAAUCACAGUCACGCACCAAUGUGACAUCAAUGAAUAGAAUACUUUGAUCUGUAAUAAUUAGAAAAUGUAGUCCUAGCUAUCCACAAGUUGAAAGUCGACAACAUCAAUUUGAACAUGUAAGUGAUAAGAGACACCACUUGAACUUAACCUCAUAGGUAGCAAAACACAUUGAACAUGAGCAGCUGUGUAGCAGUGUUUAUUUCCUUUUCUGUCAGGAGGGUGUAGUGCCAACAUUACAGUCCUUAGGUUCUGCCUUGGUCCGUACAUGUACAUGUACGUGUAUGUGUGGUAGGGCUACAUACAAGUGCCCAGUACUGGUGCAGUACUGCAAUAAUCAUUUACGUUCAAAAUACAGGAAAAUUAUCAUCAGUGUACUGGUACUAUACCCAACUAUUACGCUCAAGUAUAUUAUGUCGAACCCUUUGACUUACCGUAAUUUCGUUACUAAAGGUUUGUUAUUCCUACCACAAAUAUCCAUUUAGGACUGAAAAAAAGAUGAUAACAAUCAUAUUCUGGGCAUUGAACCUAUUUGGGGUACUCUUUAUAAACUGUGUAUAAUAUAGAAUUAUGUUCUUUCUGUCUGAAUAAACUUUCUGUUAACUGCUUAUU